CAACAACUUAUCCUUACUAUUUAUGAAGCUUUUGUGAAUUGUAUUUAAAAUUAGACAUGGAUAAAGAUUUUGCAGAUAUUCUUAAGCAAAUCGGUUGCACUGAUGGACUUCAUGUUCCUGUUGCAAAUGAAGAAAACAGAAAACUUCAGAAAGAGGUUGAAGAGAAGUUGAGACUCAAAGCAGAACUUAUCGUAAAGCUUGAAAUUCAAGAUGAACAAAAUAAAAGGGUCAAAAAGCAAAUUGAAACCCUAAAAAAUCAGAAGGAUCAAAACCAACAACUCAUCGUUGCUCUAAGGAACCAACAUGAGACAGAAUUGGUGAUGACGAAAGAAAGUGAGUUUAAUCUAAAGAAAUUUGAGCAGAACAUUCGCAACAUGUGCAAGCAGAUGCAAGACUCUGACGAGAAACAACACUUGCUGCAGGAGGAAAUAAGCCGCAGUAUGAAGAAAUUGGAACACCUGAAAUCCCUAGUAGAGUGGGGAGAAGAAGCAAGAAAAUCCUGGCAAGAGGAACUGGAGGCUGGAGACAGAGACUACAAUCUGCUGCAGAGAUUUAAACUGGAGGAUGAUGCCAAGUUUAAGGAAAUGGAACUGAAACGUCAAAGACUGAAGGCGGAUGUGAAUGAACGAGAAGCGAUCCUGACAAAUGAACUCAAUAUGAUGACGACGUUGGAGAACCAGCUCGAACAAGUCUCUAGACUCUUCAGGAGGGCACACAAGGAGCGCAUGAGCCUAAUAUCCUAUUGGGAGAACGCUGUGAAAAUUCUUAAUCAGAGAGACAGUUCCAUCGAUUCAACUCUUCAGGAGCUGCAAGAAAUAAAAACAUUAGCCAGAGAAAAGUUUGCUGUCCUAGCCGAGGAAAGAAAGUUUUACGAGGCUCAGUGUGAAAACAACGAAGAGCUCGGCAAACAGUUGGACGAAUUGAAUUAUAGUGUGGUUCACCAACGGAACAUGAACUUGCAACAGACCGAGAUAACUAAUAACCUUAAGAGUGAGGUAACGACUUUGCGAGGUGUGAUUACUGAUCUGGGAACAUCGUUGAACAAAGAGAGAAGCCGCAACGUGCAACUGACCAACGAGAUCCAAGCUAGAGAGAUCCACUUGUCCUCGCUUCACUCACCUAUUCAAGAGUUGAGGGAGAAACUACGGGAGUUGGAGGAGGCUGACAUGACGUCAGCGCAGAGGAGUAGAGAGAUACAAGACAUAUUGAAGUCCGCUGAAAAGAACAACAGAGAAUUACAAACAAAAUUUGACAAGAUUCAAGAAAAAGUAUUUGAAAAAACAUCUGAGCUUGAGGCUAUAAGGAGAAAUAAUGAAGCAGUUGAAAAUGAGAUAAAAGUGUUGAAUUUGAAUACAAAGGUAUUUGAAAAACGAGUGAAUGAAAUUGAAAAGGAAAUAAUCGACAAGGAACAAGUGCUGUAUGAUAUGGACAUGGAAAGUAUGGUCCUGGAAAGCAAGUUGAGUAGGCUUCAAGGCGAGAGGACAGACGAGGAAAAGGUCAGACUCAAGAUGAGGAUACUGGAGCUGGAAGAAGCUGUGAAGAAGAAGAAGGAAGUGUUUAACAUGGUCACUGCACAGUACAACCGAGCUAAGAACGAGCAUAUUCAGCUAUCGGCGGAAGUGGACGAAGAGAACGAACAGUCUCGGAAACUGACAGAGAAGCGGCAGGAAUUGGUGUACUUGAUGGAGGGAGGGCAGAAACAGCUGACGGCUUUGCAACAAACAAACAAGCAGACACAGGUAACUCUGAAUCUACUGAAGCUGCGUGUGGACCAACGAGAGAAGACUCUGGCCAAACAUGAGAACCAGGUCUUCGGUCUGGAACGUGAAAAACUCGAGUUGGAAAAUGCCCUUCGAGAAAGAAAAGUAGAAAUUGGGCUUCAGAUGGAUUUGAUGGCUGCGAAAAAACGAAGUUUGGAAGAAGAAAAAUCCGAGUUGAAGAAAGCUCUUGAGCACCUUCAUAUAAGGAUUGGUCAGCUGCAGAAAAAGCACGACAUUGUAAUGGACAGCCUGGGUAAGGAGGACAGCGGAGAAAACUUUUCCGUCGCACAUUUUAAAAUUAAGAUAGCUCAAGAGAGGCACGAACUGCAAGAGAUCGGAGACGAUUUGGACUCAAAGAUAAAGAAGGCGGAAAACGAAAUCCCCGCGAUGGAAAACACCCUGAGGGUCAUUAGUGCGGCCAACGACUGCUACAAACGCAACUUGGAUGCCAUCGACUCUGAUAGCCCUGAGAUGCAGGAGAAGAAGAAACUAGAAGAACAGUAUAUUGAGGCGAGUAGAAAUUUGAAAGACCGACAGGCCAUCUUGAAGGUUUUUACAAAUCAGAUUCAUGAGAUGGAGUUGUCCCUGUCAGAUCUCGGAGAGUGUGAGGAGAGAGUGAGAGGGGAGUGGAGAGACAAGGACGUGGCUGCUCGGGCACUGGACAAGGAGUUGGAGGAACAACAAGACACACUGAUACAUACAAGUUCUGAUAUGAUGCCCACAGGAGAUGGAGUUGUCCCUGAGUUGGAGUUGUCCCUGUCAGAUCUCGGAGAGUGUGAGGAGAGAGUGAGAGGGGAGUGGAGAGACAAGGACGUGGCUGCUCGGGCACUGGACAAGGAGUUGGAGGAACAACAAGACACACUGAUACAUACAAGUUCUGAUAUGAUGCCCACAGGAGUUGGAGUUGUCCCUGUCAGAUCUCGGAGAGAGUUGGAGUUGUCCCUGUCAGAUCUCGGAGAGUGUGAGGAGAGAGUGAGAGGGGAGUGGAGAGACAAGGACGUGGCUGCUCGGGCACUGGACAAAGAGUUGGAGGAACAACAAGACACACUGAUACAUACAAGUUCUGGUAUGAUCCCCACAGGAGUUGGAGUUGUCCCUGUCAGAUCUCGGAGAGAGUUGGAGUUGUCCCUGUCAGAUCUCGGAGAGUGUGAGGAGAGAGUGAGAGGGGAGUGGAGAGACAAGGACGUGGCUGCUCGGGCACUGGACAAAGAGUUGGAGGAACAACAAGACACACUGAUACAUACAAGUUCUGAUCUCGGAGAGUGUGAGGAGAGAGUGAGAGGGGAGUGGAGAGACAAGGACGUGGCUGCUCGGGCACUGGACAAGGAGUUGGAGGAACAACAAGACACACUGAUACAUACAAGUUCUGAUAUGAUGCCCACAGGAGUUGGAGUUGUCCCUGUCAGAUCUCGGAGAGUGUGA